UUCAGGCAGGCACCGAGGAUAAGCACUAUCCAUCUUUAAAGCCGCCACAGUGUGCUAACAAUUAUCGUAGGUAUUUGCUACGAGCGCCAACGUCACACUGAUUCUUUCGGUGUUGAUUGGGGUAGAUGCGUCGGAACACCGGAGAGGGUGUGAAAGAAGGCGGAUGUCCCCCUCUUUUCCAAAUCACUUGUAGAGGCGCUUUAUAUCGUCGUAUAGCCAACAAGCAAUCAAUUACAAGAAAAACCCAUUUCACUUCUUGAUAUCUUGGUAUGCCCUAAGGAUGAAGGAAAUGAAUAAUCCUACUGGGUCAACGAAAGGAGUAGUACUAGUGACGGGGGGGAGCGGGUUCAUUGCAUCUCACAUCAUCGACGAACUUUUGGAUAAUGGGUUCAGAGUUGUUACAACAGCUAGAUCGGAUGAAAAGGGUCGCAGAAUUGUAGAAUCAGCCAGCCCUUUUCAGCGCAACAAGCUCUCCUACAUCGUUAUAGGAGAUAUUGCAAAGGAGAAUGCCUUUGACUCUGCAUUUACUCAAGGAACAAUCUUUGAUUAUGUUGUCCAUACCGCAUCCCCUUACCAUCUCAAUGUUCAAGAUCCGAUUAAGGACUUUUUAAACCCAGCAAUUAAGGGGACAACGGGAAUUCUCAAGUCAAUUGUGGCGCACGCGCCUACUGUAAAGCGCGUAGUGAUUACGUCUUCUAGCGCAGCAAUGAUCAACCCUCUCAACCACGCGAAGGUAUAUGAUGAGACAUGUUGGGCUCCGUGGACUUUGGAGCACGUCAAGGAUCCCAAUAGAGCUUAUGUGGCCAGUAAGACGCUUUCCGAAAAAGCUGCAUGGGCCUUUAUGGAAACCGAGAGACCGAAAUUUGACCUCGUUGUCAUUAACUGUACCUACACGUUCGGCCCGGUGCAACGCAACCUCCCGAGUUUGGACCACAUGAACACAUCUAACCAUCGUAUCCGGGAUAUGUUACAAGGAAAGAUGAAAAAAGAUAUGUCUUCUAUAACCCCAGUCUUCACCUUCGUUGAUGUUCGUGAUGUGGCUCGUGCGCACCUUAAGGCCAUAACCGUGCCAGAGGCUGGUGGGAACCGUUUUUACAUCGUAGGCAAUCAUUUCUCGAAUAAGCGGAUUGUAGACUCGAUCCGGAAGUCAUACCCAGAGUUUGAAGCACGUCUUCCGCCCAGAGACAUACCAGACGACUUCCCUGAUGAAGUGUUUGGCUUCGAUAACGGCAAGUCUAAGAGAGUUCUGGAAUUGGAGUACACGUCUUUAGAAAAAAGCAUCAGGGACACUGUACAGUCGAUACUAGACCUAAACCUAGGUUUAUAAAAGUCGAGGGCCGAGUGUAACGACAUAUUGGCAAGCCUAAAUAUGGGAAGUCUACACCUAUUUAUAAUAGUCUCAUUAGUUAGUGUAAAGUAUUAUUUAUGUUCAACAUCAAGCUUGUAUUAUCUCAAAUAACACUAGGUACCCCCUAACCUAGUAGAUUGUAU